UUGUUACUUUAGAAGCUAGGUUUUAUUCUAAAUUAAGUAACUAUUGGGCUUCGUACGUUGUAUUCUGGAAAUAGUUUUGUCCAAUCCUAUUAUUACUUAAAAAAUGGGACAACAUAUAUCCUAAAGAAAUCGUUGUUUACAAUCUAGUCUUGAAUAAUUUUGCCUUUUCCUUUAAUAUAUUCCAACACCCCCCUCUAUUUCGGUCGCGGUACAUAUUUCUCCUUGCCAGGGGGCACUCGGUUGACAUCAGAUUCAGAGGCAAUGGAAAAUGGUCAACCAUUGAAAUCAGACUGAACAUCUUCUACCUCUUUUAACGCGGGUCCACACCCCUGUGAGCUCUUUUAGGCUCUCUCUCUUUCUUACUCUCUCCCCUUUUGGCAUGGCUAGGGUGUUCAUGUGCUUUUUCUUGCAUGCAAAAUGGUAAGGUUUUCCACAGUAUACAGUUCCCUCGCGGCUAUUGGGUGGCGCACAAAUAUUGCUGGGUUGCAGACCACCAUGGGAGUUCUGCUGGAUGAGACCCACACGGUUAGCCGCGUUGAAACGUCCCAAGUUCCGAUGAUCUGCCGACAAGUCCACAAGGCGCACCCCUUCGGCAUUUUCUAUGGAGCAAACCCAUUGGAUUACUCUUUCACGCUAGUGUUGUUAGAGAUCAUCAUUGUCCUUGUCACCAGUCGUAUCAUUCGUCUUCUUCUCAAGCCUCUCAAACAGCCCAGGAUUGUCUCCGAUAUAAUUGGCGGUAUAUUCAUUGGACCCUCUGUUCUCGGCAGCAACAAGAAGUUCUCCUCGUACAUGUUCCCGGACAAUGCUGAAUACGUGAUGAAAAAUAUUGGAAUAAUAGGUUUUAUGUAUUUCCUUUUUGUGACGGGUGUGAAAAUGGAUCUCGGCCUGAUAAAAAAAGCAGGAAAAAAGCAUUGGUAUAUCGCGUUGGUGGGGAUGACACUUCCCUUAAUAGUAGUCACAAGUGUCGCCUUCAUUAUGAGGAAGUCCAUGGACAAGGACCUUGCAAAGAUUUCCUCCAUUGGAGCAGUCUCUUCGUCUUUAGCUAUAACAACGUUUCCAGUUCUCUAUCCUAUCCUUGAAGAGCUAAACCUCCUGAGCUCCGAGAUCGGACGGAUGGCAUUGUCCACGUCGAUAAUCAGCGAUGCGGUUGGGAUCAACGCAAUACUUGCAUUCGAGGCAGCGAAACAGGGGGAAGUAGAGACAAUAGGUGCGGUGUGGUAUAUGGUAUCUUUGGUGGUUAUAUUGGCUUUCAUGGUCACCUGCGUCCGGCGAGUAAUGGAGUGGAUUAUUGAGAGAACCCCGGCAGGGCAACCAGUCGAUCAGUGCUUUGUGGUUGCGAUUUUGUUGAGUGUCUGCGUGAUAGGAUUUCUGACCGAUUUGUUCGGCAUUGCGAUUGCCAACGGGCCGCUCUGGCUGGGGCUGGUGAUCCCCGACGGCCCUCCGCUGGGAACGACGCUUGUGGAGAGGAGCGAGACAAUUGUGAUGGAUAUUCUGAUGCCGUUUUCGUUUGCGUUUGUGGGGCUUUACACCGAUGUGAAUGUCAUGAUUGCUGCUGGCUGGUCGAGCUUAGCGCCGAUUUUUACGAUGGCUUUCGUUGGGUACGUGUCCAAGCUGAUUGGAACCCUGCUGCCUGCUAUGUUCUUUGAUGUGCCACUCAGAGAUGGUGUCACUUUGAGCCUCAUUAUGAGCUUGAGAGGCCAAGUGGAGCUUAUUUUAUAUAUUCAUUGGAUGGACAAAGUGAUAAUAGGGCAGGCAGCUUUCACCAUGAUGGUGCUAUCAACAAUAGUGAUGACUGGAAUUGCUGCACCCCUGAUCAGCAUCCUCUAUGAUCCAGCAAGGCCAUACAUGGUGACUAACAGGAGAACAAUUCAACACCUCCCUCCAGGCAAAGAGCUUCGCACACUCCUUUGCAUACACGAUGAGGAAAGCGUGUCUGGGUUCAUCAAUCUUCUUGAGUCCUCCAAUCCAACCGUUACAACCCCAUUCUCCAUCUUUGCCCUCCACCUCAUUGAGCUUCUCGCCCGUGCUGUCCCCGUCUUUAUAGACCACGAGUUGCAGGAAGUGCCUUCCCAAUACUCUGCCUACGACACCAUCCACAACGCCCUACGGCUUUAUCAGGCAAGUAGGAGGGAUUUCAUGAAGCUCUAUUCAUUCACGUCGGUGUCACCAAAGCGAACCAUGUACCAAGACAUUUGUAAGCUCGCCGUCGCGAACAAAGCUACUCUUAUCAUCUUACCCUACCACAACGACCGCUUGGAAAAUCUCGGAGGCUCGCGAGUGGGCGUCCGAUACGUGAACCUCAAUGUCUUAACUCAUGCGCCUUGUUCUGUCGGAAUUUUCGUCGACAAGGGUCACUUUCAAAAUCCGCUUUUAGCGCUCUCCUUCCACCGUUCUCUCCACCAUUUUGCGGUGCUAUUUUUGGGAGGAGCAGACAGCAGGGAAGCGCUUGUUUACGCAGAUCGCAUGGCCAAGAGCCGGGACGUGUCACUCUCCGUAAUACGAUUCCUUCCGUACAACUCUGUCGGAGAAGAUGAGAUGGAGAAAAAGCUCGAUGACGGGGUGGUGACGUGGUUUUGGGUAAAGAACGAGCGAGAAAAUCGGGUGGCUUACAGAGAGGUGGUGGUGAGGAAUGGAUAUGAAACGCUGUCGGCAAUUCAUGCCAUGAAUCACGAUUCCGUUGAGCUUUGGAUUGUAGGAAGAGAGCAAGGGAUAAAUCCGUUCCUCCUCGACGGAUUAAUAGAUUGGAGAGACAAUCCAGAACUGGGAGUCAUCGGAGACUAUAUUGUCUCAAUGGAGUUUGGUACUUCUGCCUCUCUGCUCGUGGUACAACAGCAGAUUAUGAGAGGACAGGGAACGAUUAAGGCUGCCUCAUCACGAGGACGUAAAUUUACGUCCUGGUUCUGCUAGCAAUUAAUUAAUGCAUGAUAAUUCUCUUUGAGUACUCUUCGCACUUACUUCUACGGGUUGAUAUCAAAAUGCGCUACAUUAAUUAGUUAAUAUAAAAUAGAUGUGAAAAGGAAUAUUAUUUAUUGUUUUGAAGCAAUUAAAUUAGUGAUUAGGUGUACGUGUUUGAAAUGUAGUAAGCAUCAAAAUACGUACUUCUGCGACUCGAUUCUUUUGCUAAUCACUCUCUAACUGGGUCUUGGAGUUUUUUUAAUGUUCAUGUAAUGUUCAUGUAUAGAUCUCUAUGGCCUUUAGGCCAUUUUAUUUUUCAGGGAUUGUUUGUGUAUAUAUCCUUUUUAAUUUAUUCUUGUACGUUGAGUUCUUUCGAUAAAUUUUUAUUUAUCAAACA